UCGAAGAUUAUGACUUGCUUCCUAAAGAGUUGAAGGAAAUUUUGAGGGCUAUGCUUUAGCUCUUAAAAUUUCGGAGGUGCCGUCCUCUUUUUUUUUAAAAAAAAAAAAAAAUUGAAACGCGCUUUGACGAAAAUGUUCUCAAGAAUUUCAGUGAUAAGGAAACAGCAUUAAAAUAUGGCAAGUUCUAAUUGUUCCUGAUCCUUUGCGCUCGAUCAUCGUGUUAUUAUAUCAUCAUCAUUCAGCCCCCAUGCAUGGUUUUGGACAUCUUAAUUCCACAACUCAGCUCAACGACAGUAGUUGACCGACUUUACGCGGAUCUUCUAUUCAAAGAAAGCCGUAAAAAUAUUUAGAAUCUGCACUCUGCAGGAUAUCAGAAAUGACGGAGACAAGGUUUGCGGUGAUAUGCUGUGUCGUCACCGUGGUGGGAUUCUUGGGGCUCGUAUCAGCUGCUACUGGUUUUGCUGCAGAAGCUACAAGAAUUAAGCCUUCUCAGGUUCAGAUUAAUGAUCGUCUUUAUCAAUGUGUAUAUCCUCGGAGUCCAGCUACGGCUCUUGGAUCAACCGCAGUGCUGGCUCUUAUAAUAGCUAAAAUAAUUAUAAAUGUUUCAACUGGGUGUAGCUGUUGCAAAAGAAGUAGUAUUCCUUCUAACUCUUCCUCCACAGCACUACUGAUUUUCUCUGUUUUUUCCUGGAUCACAUUUGUCGUGGCAAUUAUUCUGUUGGUGGCUGCUGUUGCACUGAAUAAUAAAAAUGGUGCAGAAAGCAUACAUAGCGAAUACGCUUGCUAUGUUGUGAAACCUGGAGUCUUCGCUGGAGGUGCACUUUUGUCAGUUGCAAGUGUGGUUCUUGGUAUUGCCUAUUACCUAACCUUAAUUUCGGUAAAAAAGAGCAGCAUUAAUAACCCUGCAUCCGGAAGUCUUUCUGGUAUUAAUGAAGGAGGACCAGCUGCUUGGAUAGCAAUGGGACAACCUCAGUUCCCAUCAAACAAGGAUACUCGAGAUCAACCUCUUGGCGCAUGAAGA